AUGACGCCGGAGUCUCUGUACAAGAAGCUGGGGGAGAUUUCCCCAGUGUCAUCAUCAUCGUCGCUGUUAACAUUGUCGUCGACAGCAUCAUCAAAUCUCAAGAAGCGGAAGCGAUCGACGACGACCGAGACCAGUAGAAAGCCCGACCUGAGCAGCCGGAAAGAGCCAGCGUUCGAGGAUCUCAACAAUUCGUUCCUCGUCCAAGCUCACGCAUCAAAAACCGAGAUCGACGGAUCCGAGCCUGGAUCAAGCACACAAGGACUAAUGUGCUCUGGAGAGUCAUGGUCAUCAUUGACUGGAGCAUCAAGCAGUGGUAGCAGCAAAAGCAUCAGUGAUUCGACAACGUAUGCAGGCAGCAAUGACAGCAGCGCCAGCGCGAGCAAUGGGAGCCCCAGUCAUCCUACUCAUGAGCCUGAUUUCCCAGAUCCCACCUUGAAUUUGGAACAUUACGUCACUAUUAACCAGCCGGUGAAGUGGACUGUGGAGGAGAUGGACCUUGUGCAAAAGUUCCGGGAGUUCAGAGCAGAGAACUUGCACGAUUUCUCGCUUGCUCGCGACGGGGUAGCCAACUUGAGCGUAGGCUCCAAGUUCAGAAAGAGCCUCGCCCCAGAUGUCGGCAAAGCAGCAACCAAGUUGGGUCUCGUCGGCGAGCUGCAUACAAUCUGGCCAACAUUGACAGACAUCUUGGGGCGCGUCUUUGCAAAGAACCAUUAUGACGACGUGGCUGAGGCGAUCACAGAUGAGAGCAUGAAGGACCCGGUCGCGCGCUACAUCAUCGCGCACUAUUUUGCCUUCCAGGACCACGUCCCCACUCACAUCAAUGAACUCCAGGGUUUUGCGGACUUGACGUGGCCAUUUAUCAGAGGUGCAAUGACAAUGACAGGUGUUGAGACGCAGUACCUAGAAGUUCCCAUCUCUGGAGUCCUUGAGCGCAAGAACUUGGAAAGGGAUGACCUGACGGAAGCCAAGCAACCAGGCCAAUAUGCUAACGGGGUUGCUAUUUGGGGAGACAGCCAAGUAUUCCUCUCAGAAGUCUCGACCACCCACAGCACAAAGGCGGAGAAGCUGAGGCGAGAUGAAUUCAAGCUCGCUAGGGCAAUGAGGGAUUCAUGGGUCAGUCAAGUCAGGGCCACAUGCAAGCAUUCGGUUCCCCUGAGCGGGAUCGCUGUCUUUGGGUCCAGCACAUUCAAGGGUGAAACCAAGCUCUGGCGACUUGACUUUCAUGGCGUUUUUCGGCUUGUUCACUUUAACUCUUUCUUUGUCCCGCUCAAGAAAAGCGAAUUUGGAAAGAAAGCCAAGGUGUCCAUCCUUCUUUGCCUCGAGUUGGCGAUGCGUGUCAAAGCAGAGGUCGAUGCGCGAGAGGAAGGCGCCGCUCCUAUUGAUCAUGGGAUGCGCGAGCUGUUAGAGGAGGCUGUGUCAUCCAUUUAG